AUGCUGCCGAAGCUUUUCGAUUUAUAUUCAGUGUAUUUCUUCGCGAUUUUAAUCGGUGUUGUAACGUUUGAUGGUACCCGAGCUAAAGCAAUUUGGGGCAAGCCAAAGAAUUUCGCGACAAGCCACGACAGUCGUCCCUUAAUUGUCAUCUCAUUUGAUGGAUUCAGGUGGGAUUAUUUAUCCAGGACCAGCACUCCAAACUUCGAUAAAUUUUUAAAAUAUGGUGUUACAGCUCGUCACGGUCUUCGAAAUGCCUUUGUGACGAAAACUUUCCCGAACCAUUUCACUCUAGCUACAGGACUUUGGGAAGAGAAUCAUGGAAUAGUCGCUAACGUUAUGUACGACCCUGUUCUUAAUCAGACAUUCACGUCUAGUAAUAUAUCCGCAAUGAAUGAUCCAGCCUGGUUUAAUGUAGGGGCCGAGCCCAUAUGGGUGACGAACCAGCUUCAGACUUUAAAUGGUAGAAGUGGGGUUAUAAUGUGGGUUGGUGGAGGUGCACCAAUUAAGUGGGUGAAGCCAUCAAGAUACGUUCCUUUCAGUAAAAGUGUGACAAAUGAAACUAAAAUAGACACGCUGGUAGAGUGGUUUACCGAUGAAUAUCCUAUAAAUCUGGGGAUGAUUUACUUCGAUCAACCUGAUGGAUUUGGGCAUGCUUAUGGGCCUGAUUCACCGCAAGUUACUGGAAUGAUCGGAGGGCUUGAUGAAGUUGUGGGGUAUCUGCUGAAACGGCUGGAGGAGAAGGGGUUGUUGGAUAGCAUGAACAUAAUUAUCACCAGUGAUCAUGGGUUCACAAAUACACCUGUUGAGAAUAUGAUUAACUUGGAUCAUUUUUUAGAUCCAGAAUCGUACACUAUUCCAAAUCUUUCACCCAUCGCCACUAUAUGGCCCAAUGAAGGAAAAUUAGAGGAGAUUUAUCAAAAUUUGACUGCAGGGGCAAAAAUUCAUGGUAACUUUACUGUUUACAAACGAGAAGAAGUGCCUGCGCAUUUCCAUUACACAAACAAUAGACGUAUAUCUCCAGUUGUGGCUGUUGCUGCUGAUACAUUCUCAUUUUGCACAGGAGUAUGUCAGCAAUGGGAGAAGGGUGAUCAUGGCUAUGACAACACACUUCAAGACAUGCACCCAUUUUUUCUGGCCAUGGGUCCAUCAUUCAAGCAUAAUUUUUCAGUGGAUACCUUUGACAAUGUUGAUGUCUACCCUUUGAUGUGCCAUUUGUUGGGACUGACCCCAGCCUCAAACAACGGUAGCCUGGCGGUGGUCUCGGAGUUGUUGGUGAUGGCUGCAGAAGAUUAUAGAAUAUUAAUUACCACAUAUAUUUUCAGUGCCAUCUUCAUCGUUCUUGUGGGAGGUGUGUUUGUGGCUGGCGCCAGCAAGAUUUUGUGCUCCAACAAAAACACAAAGCUGGGAGAGUACUCGAAUAUUGUGGAUCAACAUCAGGGUGUUGUAGAGUCAGCUGAAAUGAAGAGUAACCGAAACGGGAAUGCGACCGAGGUGCCCUCCAAGCUCAGUGGUUCUAAGAUUCCUUUGCUUCUGGCACAGGAUGCUGAUAGUUCUUCUUGA